GCGGGGCUCCGGGCCGCCCAUCACAUCACAUCCCCUCGCCACCAACAUGGCGGCCGCCGAGACGCAGGGCCGCUUCGGGCAGUCGGUGAAGGGGCAUCUCUCCGAUAAAGUGUCCGCCUGCACCACCGACGUGAUCGCCCUCACCAAGCAGAUCCUGAAGGGUUCCCGCAGCUCCGAGCUCCUUGGCCAGGCAGCCAGAAACAUGGUGCUGCAAGAAGACUCCAUACUCCACUCAGAGGACAGUCUACGUAAAAUGUCAAUUAUAACAACACACCUUCAGUACCAGCAGGAGGCUAUACAGAAAAACGUUGAACUUUCUACAAACCUUCAGGACCAGCUGAAGCAUCUACUAAAGUGAACUGGAAGAUGACAAGAUAACUCUUCACAGGAGAUGAAGUCCUUGCUUGGAAUUUGGGGGAAGAGAGGUGGAAGGAGAGUGCGGUGUGCACUCACAAUAGCAAGGAUCGUGGAUGUUGAUGCAUCUUCAUUGAGCUCUAAAAGGCACCAACCAGAACCUUACCAAGUGUGGGGUUAGAUCUGCUGCUGAGAAGGAAUGCUCAGCGGUUUCUGAACUUGAACGCAUAAUGUAUUUGAAGUCUGAAGAAGGGACCCGACCCGAAACAUCACCUAUCCAUGUCCUCCAGAUAUGCUGCCUGACCCGCUGACUUACUCCAACAACUUGUCCUUUUAUGUAAACCAGCAUCUGCAGUUCCUUGUUUCAACAUAAUGUAAUCAUUGGUGUUCAGAACUUUAUAAGUUACUAGAUCAAG